UGCCCUCUGAAACAUACUCCACGUUUUGCACGGGGAAACCUGAAGACAGUCCAAUGGAUUAAAAAUGUCCAAUUGCCAUGUACUAUGGCACGUUAACUCUUUGCAGUACUUUCUCAUCGAGGUGGUUAUUAAAAGCAUUUUGGCGUCAAUAGAAACGAGUUAAGUUUGCGUGUGAUCUACUACGAGACCAAUACAUCAGGACCGGAGUUGGAGCGAGUUUGGGGACCUUCGCGGUACAGCCGUAACACAGAGAAAGUCCGCAGUUGAAUCGAUUCAGGAGAGCCGAAAAAGAAUAUAAAAGCGGCUGCACGCAAAAAUGGACUUUCACUGCCACAAACUUUCAGCAUGUGUCCAAAUAGAGAGAGAGAAAAUUCCCAACAAAACUGAAGACUCUUCAGACGACCCGUCAAAGAAGAAGAGGCAGCGAAGGCAGAGGACGCAUUUCACCAGCCAACAGCUCCAAGAGCUGGAGGCCACUUUCCAGAGGAACAGGUAUCCAGACAUGUCUACAAGAGAAGAGAUUGCUGUCUGGACCAACCUCACAGAGGCCAGAGUCAGGGUAUGGUUCAAGAACCGCCGGGCAAAAUGGAGGAAAAGGGAAAGAAAUCAACAAACGGAACUUUGCAAAAAUGGAUUCGGUCCUCAGUUCAAUGGACUUAUGCAACCCUAUGAUGACAUGUAUUCCAGCUACACGUACAACAGCUGGGCUACCAAGGGAAUAACGUCAGCCUCGUUGUCAACCAAAAGCUUUCCGUUUUUCAACUCCAUGAAUGUCAAUCCGUUGUCAUCGCAGGCUAUGUUCUCGCCACAAAACUCUAUCUCUUCCAUGGGCAUCAACUCAAGUAUGGUACCCUCCGCGGUAACCGGCGUGCCGGGUUCAAGUCUCAGCAGCUUCAAUAACUUGAACAACCUAAGUAAUCCUUCUCUGAAUACUGGAGUUCCUGCGCCGACUUGUCCAUACGCAUCGCCGACGUCCCCUUACGUGUACAGGGACACGUGUAACUCCAGUCUGGCCAGCCUGAGACUGAAAGCAAAACAGCAUUCAAGCUUCGGAUACGUUCAAAAUCCUUCUUCCGAUCUGAGUGCUUGCCAAUACGCAGUGGACCGACCUGUGUGAAAUCCGGGAAUACUAUAAUCGUUUCUCAGGAAGCAGACGAUACAAGUGUUCUUAUAUAACGGAUGCACUAUAUUGGAUAAAUAACUGAAAAAGAGCUGAAAAUCAUGAUGGAAUUUCUAUCCGAGAAAAUUAUAUAUUUAACUGUACUGUCCGGAAUGGUAUUUAAUUUGUUGUUGGCUAAGUUUCAAAGAUUGAACACUCCGUGUAUAAACUGAACAGUAAAACUAAUUUUAUAAAGGCGAAUGCAAAUAAAGAAUAUAGAAAACAUACAGGAAUGACAUUUGCUUACCGAUGAGGUCUUGUGUUCUAGUAAAUCUACCAGUUUUUGUGUUUUGAAUCGAUUGGAAAAUGUAUUAUCUGAUGUCUUUGUGCAAAUGGGUUUUGUGCAUAAGGGUUUUUAUCCCUAUGAAGAAUUCGCUGCAUGUGUCUAGCCUAGUAUAAUUUUUGGUACGAUUUUUAAAAUUGAUUAUUAACUUCCCAGAUUUUUGUGUUCGGGCGUGUUGAUGCUGCUUCUUGUUUGGGUACCGAACCUUAAAAACGUUCGUGUAGAGUGGGGGGUUUAUCAAUAAAUAA